AUGCUUGACGAAAAUCUGCCAACGUUCUUCUUGAAGAACAAUUCGCAGACCCCUCAGCAGAGUACUAUCUACCAUCGCCAGCAUGGAAACGAAGCGGAACCGGCAUAUACCCUCAAAUACCUCGAUCCCACAGCCAUCACCUCGCAAAACCGCUAUGGCGUCGCGCUCUACGAUCCCUACGUCCCGGACAUCGUCUACGGCGAAGUCGCCGUGAGUCCUGAAUGGACACAACCAAGCUUAUCAGCAGAUGCCAUUCGAGCCAACGGCGGCACCGCGCCACCUCCAGAGCCCAUCCUCCCCACCGAGUUCUCCAUCCAACUCUACAAUCCCGAUCAGCAAAUCGUGAUCCGUCACCAGCCCAAAACGUGGAACAAGCCAGCGCGGUGGGAGUUCGAGAUGCCACAGCGCUCAUUCCGAGUUCCGUCGGCUUCUACAUUAGAUCGGACGCAGAGUGAUCCUGCAGCGGCAGACGUGACUCCAAAGUUGCGCUUCAGUUGGCGCAAAGAUGGGAAACUCUCCAAGGAUCUCUCAUGCUUGCUCCAUGGGAAAUCUACCACGGUCGCGGAGACGAAGAACAAAAGUCGUGAGCCGGAUAUCACGGUCGCCAUCUUCCAGGGCCUUAAAGAGCUGACACUCUACGAACCGAAUCUCUACCGUGUGGAGAUGGAGGACUUUAAGGGCUUGGAGGUCGUGUUGUUGCUUGCGGCGGUGGCUAUCCGCGAUAUUUUCUUCGGUCCAGCCAAAGAAGCUUUCCACAUCGUCCCCGGUGGCACUACUGUAACAAACGGCAGACCGCAGGCGGCUGUCCCUGGUCGCAAGAGCCCGAAGGCGCAAGCUACAGGCGCCAUCCCAGCUCGCAAGCCCGAGCCCGCACGGCCCUCUAUUGCAAAUCCCCAAUCCCCUGCGCCGCAGGCACGACGAAAACAGGACGAGUGGGCGGCACAAGAAGAGCGCAAAACACAAGAACUGCUCGCAGCGGAGCGACGAGAACAGGAAAAGGCUCGACGUCGAAAAGAGGCCGAGCUGGACAGCGAGACAAAACGUCUACAAAAGCUGUAUGGACAGGAAGAGCAGCGAGUUCGACUACAGCGCCCCAAUCCAUCGUCGUCCUCACGUCCAAAUCUUCCGCUUCGUCCCAGCGGCCCAUACAACUCGCAUCAGUACUCCCAGUCUCACUCCUAUCUUGCAUCUCAACCCCCGCCACAACCUCCCCGCCAGACUCGUCCGCAAUCAUAUUACCCCCAAAGCCAACCGGCUCCUACUUUCGCAAGUAGCCCAUAUCUUCAACAUCCUGCUCGCCCUGACCCCCGAUCACAAUCUACUGUCAGUUUUGCCCAGCCUCGACCACAGUCUACGGUGGGGCUUUAUCAGAUGCCUGCUAGUACUGGGGCUUUGCCUCCAGGACAGCCACCUCGUCCUCAGAUCCAGCCUAAGAAAAGCAGCUUCUUUGGGUUUAGGCGGAAGGAGGAGGGCAGCACACCAAAUAAGUUGGAUAAAAAGCGGAGUUCCAUGUUUUGA